AUCAGAGCCAAAGCACCACAUUUUUUAAUUAAUUUAUCUAAAUGAUUUAACUGAUGCAGAUAGUCAGAUAAAUGGUUAAUAUCAGAUCUGGUAAUCGGCCGUGUCAAUAAUCAGCCCACCUCCGGUACACAGUACAUGUAAAUAUAUGUGUAAUUUACUUAUAGUUUUGACACUGAAGUAUCACCUCUCAAACAGAUUCAAUAAAAUAUUAACAUUUUAAUCCACAUGAAAGGGGGAUUUAUAGCAGGAUUUGUCAUAUACUGCAUUGAUUUUACCCAGGUAUGCCUAAUAAAAUUGCAUGCAAGUAUUAAAUAUGUUAAAUGUAUUAUUCUCUGUUUUCAGCCGGACACACAAGGACUGGAGAACAGAGAAUCAACAAACUCGAGGUCAGAUGACUGCCGCACCGAGCAAGAGACCAGUUCCGCUAAUCUGGAAGCUGAUGACGUUGCGAAUCUGGAAGACUCUUCGAACACAAAUUUGUGUGACCUCCAUAACACCAACCAUCCAUCCCAGUGCAAUGGACACACAAGUGAGAUGCAUCACUCUGGACUUAAUGUUGAAUCAGAGCCUGAACAGCCUUUUCACAUAGAUACAUUUGUUGAUCACCUACCUGAAUUUGUUGAAGAAGGGACUUUAGAUGAAAAUGUGUUAUUUGACGAUGACCUGUCAUUUGAUGAUGACCUAUCAUUUGAGGAUGGUUUAGAGCUAAACCAAGGGGAGGGAACAGAACCCAAAAGCCCUACAAACACUGGAGAUCGUCCAAUUUACAGAGAUGCGCCAAUUUCUGUUGCAGAGAGUCUUCUCCUCAUAAUGACUUUUGCAAAUAGACACAAAAUAACAGGAAAAGCUCUCAGUGACUUGCUUACACUAAUCUCUCUGCACUGCCCCUCUGAUAUCCAGACUGAAUGUCUUCAGAAUUUACACAAAUUUAAGAAAUUUUUUGAUGAUUCCUCCUCUCCGCUUUUGCACAAAUACUGUAGUGCAUGCUUCAUGACUGUUGAGAGUACAGAGAACCAGUGUAAAACCUGUGAAGCCAAUGUGUUGAUGGAGGGGUCAACUUCCUAUUUCAUUGAGGUUCCCAUUGAAGCACAGGUGAAGAGAUUGUUUGCUAAGGAAGGUUUUGAAGAAAAACUUAUGUUCAGGUUUAAUAGACAUAAAAAGUGUCAUGACAGUAUUGAGGACAUAUAUGAUGGAGAAGCCUAUCAGAAAUUGACUACUUGUAAUGGGCCUCUCAGUGAUUCCAGAAACAUUUCUUUAAUGUGGAACACUGAUGGCAUACCCAUUUUUAAGUCUUCAAAGUUUUCUGUGUGGCCUUUUUAUUGUGUCAUAAACGAGUUAAACUUUGUUGAACGCACUAAACGAGAAAACAUGAUAUUUGCAGGUCUUUGGUUUGGGGACUCAAAGCCGUCAAUGUUGACAUUCCUUGAACCACUAUGUGACACUCUGAACAAAAUCGAAAGAGAUGGAAUUUCUGUUCAGUUUGCAGGAGCUCAAGAGCCUUUCAUAUGCAAAGCCUUUACCAUUGCAGGGACCUGCGAUUUGCCUGCAAAAGCAUUGGUACUUAAUACUGUUCAAUUCAAUGGACAGUUUGGGUGUCUAAAGUGUGAACAGCCAGGUCAAACAGUAAAGACAGGAGAAAGAGGUCAUGUCCAUGCCUUUCCUUUCCAGAGGACAGAUCCAAAAGGCCCGCCUCGUACCCACAAGGGGUUUGUAGAUAAUGCCAAGAUGGCCUAUGAUUCCAACAGCAUUGUACGUGGGGUGAAGGGACCUACCUUUCUCAGUAGACUAAAAAACUAUGAUUUGGUCUUGGGUACAGGUAUAGACUAUAUGCACUCUGUACUACUGGGAGUAAUGCGUCUAUUGAUGUUUUUGUGGUUUUCCACAGAGUUUUCCCGAUGUGCAUUCAGUAUGGUUAGGUCAGUCAGAGAAGUUGACAAACGCAUGAAAGAAAUAAGACCGCCAUUUUUGAUCAGAUUUCCUCGUUCUGUGUCCUCUCACAGAAUGUUCUUUAAAGCAUCUGAGUAUCGGUCCAUUUUGCUGUUUUUCGGGCCAGUUGUAUUCCGGGGCAUUCUUGCAGGCCUGUACUACAACCAUUUCCUGCUCCUUAGUGAAGCGAUCUUCAUUCUUAUGAUGGAGACAAUAACCCCUGUGCAAAUAGAUCAUGCUGAAAAACUACUUUGGAAUUUCUGUUCUCAAAUGAGUGGACUUUAUGGUGAACGAUACAUGACAGCCAAUAUCCACUUACUUGUCCAUUUAGCAGAUAGUGUAAGAGCUCUUGGACCUCUGUGGACACACUCUUGCUUUCACUUUGAAGACAAAAAUGGGUACUUACUUCGUCUUAUACAUGGGACCCAGAAUAUACCUGUCCAAAUGGUUAAUGCUGUAAAGACUAUACAAUCUCUCCCUAGCAUCACACAAAACAUAAAGCUGAACACAGUAGCUACCGAGUUUUUGGCCAGAAUGACAAAUGGCAUUAGUUAUCAAGCUACUAAUAUUGUCAAUAGUGUGGCCAUGAUAGGGGCAUCAUUCAACAGAUGUCUUGAGACUGAUGAUAUGUCUCUUCUGGAACAGUUUCUUGGUCAGGUUUUAUAUACUAAUGUUGUCAAGGCAUAUAACAGAGCUCAAAUAGGGAAAACGGUUUACACUUCCAAGCAGUAUGUCAAAGCCAAAAGACGGAACAAUUCCACAGUGUUAUUUUGUGAUGGUAUGCAGAUCAAAUAUGGCCAGAUUGAAUUAUUGUGUUCCUACAAAGAAACCAGUGAAGGUCAAAAUGAGAUAAAUCUUGUAUUUGUGAAUGAAUUUGCAGUUGCAGGCAUAAAUCUUCUAAGGGACACUUUGACAGGUGGGACAUGUUUCCAUAUUGUGAGCCUCUUGGAAGUUCCUGUAAAAAGGACAGUAGUUGGACUUGAAAGUAUUUUGGGAAAGUUGAUGUUCAUUGAUUUGUCCUCAAUGCCUGGUAUUGUGUUUGCUGCACAUUUCCCUAACAAACUUGAAAGGGACUAAACAUAUUAUGAACUCAAAGACAUGAUCUUAUUGUGAACAGAAGAGCCCAUGAUUUUUCCAACUAGUAGAAAUUCCUUACUGAAAAUGUAAAGUCUCAAGUUGAUGGGCAGAUAGUAUUGUGAUGCCAUACCAAGACAAAUGUCAGUGAUCUCAAUAGUUUUAUUAAUCUAUUGCCACACAAAUAGGUCACUUUGGGGCUUAACAUGAGAAGAUACAGACAUCUGAAUAUACUACAUUGACGCCACUAAUGGUCUGAGUUUUUGGCAGUUAAACUUUGAUACAGCUGAAAUGUAUUUUCUUGGUCUUAAAAGCUACAUUGUUGGAUGCUAAUAUAGUUUUAUGAUCUUGA